GAGCAUUAUCACACAGCUCGUUCAACGUUUCGGUCGACACAUUCUCGAGUUAAGCUGAGGCACUAUUCGUAAAUCCAGAAAAAAUUCAAAUUUUAAAAUUUUUCCCUUCCGUUAUUAAGAAUUUUUUGCGUUAUCCCUCGAUGAAAUUCCAUUUAAAAGCCCAAACCAAAACAAAACCCACAGAACGUGAGCAAGAAGUCUUCACCUUGCUUGAAAGCAACUAAGCACAAAAAGAAAGAAAAAAUCGUUGGUCUUCAUCUUGCUCAUAAAACAACACUUUGGUUCACAUCUUCCUGAUAAAGCAACGAAGCAGUAAGGUAAAUCAAUUUAUUUUGCUUAGCAAGCAAAUCGACAGCAAAAGCAAGGGUUCAAAAAAAUCGUUAAGUAAUCCCUAGUUUUAUGGGCACCAUUUAAGAAGUUUAUUUUAUCAAAGAAAGAAAGUAAGAGCAUAAGAGUUUUAGCACAAACUUUUAAAAUUAGUAAAAAGCACAAAGCAACCUAGCAUAAAAGCAAGAAAGCAAGUUUCUUUCUGAUAAAGAUCUAUUAGGAAACCCACCAGGAUGUCGGACAACACGGCUGUGAGCACCGUGCUCAAUGUUUUACUUUGUGGAGCCACGGGUUUUGGCUUCUACAAGAUCGGACCCAGUGAGCACCCAUAUGCCUUCACCGCCUGUGUGAUUGGGUUCUGCCAUGGCCUCUUCGGAUUGGUGAGCGGCCUGACCGGCGACGACAAUGCCAAGAAGGUGACGGAGACGACCACCUGCUUCAUGGAGAUCAUCCCACUGCCGCUGGUCAACGUGGAUCUGUACUUGGGCGCUGAGAGCAACAACAUCGCCUUGGGCCAUGGCCUUUUCAUAGUGCCGCUGGCCGUCAGCGUGAUUCUGAACCUUGUGAAGGGCGAAGGUAGCGGCGAGGAUGGCGAGGGUGGUGUCGUGGAGACCCUGAAGACCCUCACCGUCCUGGGCAACAUUACGUCGCUGCUCUACCUGUCGAUCAACGAGAGCAGCUGGAACCUGGCCGGCAUGGCAAUCCUGGCCUUCAUGGCCAAGUUCGGGGGCCAAUUCUGCGAGGAGCAGGUCACCGAGGGCAGCGGCGAGCCCGUCACGUACGUCAGUUGGUCGGGCUUCUUCUUCCUCACCGCCUUGGCCGUUUCGGGAGAGAAGUAGACGGAGGUCCUUCCCAGGUGCCGAGAUCCUGGCCAGCCACGGAAUCCCCUUUCCACGAAACUUCAACAACACUUCCUGGAACCCCCAACUCAAGCGACCUUGGACGAGCAGAGUGAUGAAUAAAUUUUUGGAGCGAUGCUACCGCGACUCGCAAAUUUGAAAUUAUUUUGGCUUGCAAUUUUAACAAAUACAUAUAUUUUGGAGUGGGA